GCACAGCUCAUCGCGUCGAGAUGAGAUCGUCAAUACCGUUACUAUUGUACUUCCUGCUGCUAGUCCAGUCGUUCGACACAGUCUUCGUAUCGGCGUCGCGUUUGUUUCCCAUAGCCACGAGCCUCGGCAUCAGGCUCAAUAAUGGCGAAAACGACACAACGGCGACGACGACGACGACCUCGGGCGGAAGUAGCGGCGGCGGCGAGGAGGAAGUCGACGCGCAGGCCGUCAACGCGACCAUGAGAUGCGACGACGCGAAUCUGCGCUGCGCCUACAGGGCCGGCUGCGGCCGAGCGCUCCAGCACUACCUGACGAGGUGCGCCUCGGUGCUGCAGGGCGACGUCAACGAGUGCCCGGAGUUCUGCCAGCACGCCCUCAUAGGACUCAUGAGCACCGACGAGGGCAAGGAGCUCAUGACGUGUCAAUGCGCCAAGGACGACGCCCUGUGCCGGAGAUCGAAGCAGCGCGCCGAGAUCUGUCGGGCCUCGGUCACGUCGACCCUGAAUCGCGAGCGAGUCUCGUGCCGAGUGGCCCAGUGGAUCUGCAACGGCGACGUGCAGUGCUCCACGGCGUUGCAGUACUACAACGGCUACUGCAAGCGCAUGUUCCACGGCAAAAAGUGCACCAAACACUGCCGCAACUCGAUCAACAUCCUGCGGCGACAGGAGAAGGCGGCCAAGCUGAGCACGUGCUUCUGCGACGGCACCGAGGACUACGACUGCAACGCCAUACAGCGCAACAUGGAGGUGCUCUGCUUCAACAAGCCCAGCUCGCCGAGGCACAACUACGACGACAUGCCCAACAGGACGUCGUCGAGCUCGGGUGCCGGUGAUCGUACGAGUGGUCCCAACGGACACGGCAAGGGUGGUAGUCAAUCGAGCGGUAGCGGCGACGUCAGGACGAACAAGGUGCCGAGCAGAGCCUCCACGACGACGUCGGCCAGCCAGUCCUGGAGGAUACUGUUGCUCGGACUGGUGCUGCUGCUUCACUCGGCGCUGACGCAUUGCGCCUUUGGCGCCUUGACUCUGGACUGACGACAGGCAUUAUGGUAAAGGCAGUAAGCAAAAGUAACAGCACCGUCGGCAACAGCAGCAGCAGCAGUAGCAAUAGCUUAAAAGAACGUCGUCUCCCUCUUGCCCCUCCGGAAACAGUAUUUUGCGAGUGAACGACC